CCCAAACAUCACCGCAACAACAGCCAACACUGCAACGACGCACACCAUGUCUAAGGGCUCAAAAUACCUGCUGGUCUCCCUGCCGACCUCUAUAUCCCCCGCCAACGACAGCGACGAGGCCCUGAGCGCCCUGCGUGCGGCUGUCACUACUGACAAUGGCACCACGCACCCUUUCGCGAUACCGGCCUUCAAGAUCGGCACCCUUGACGCUCUGGUGCAGCAAGCCGACGAUCUAGCAAAACUGAACACUGCCUGCGAGGGUGUUGUUAACAAGGUGGGAGAUUCUCUGCGGACCAUCCUGGACGGCGACGAGGACAAGAUUGCGCAGCAGAAGACCAUCAAUGACAAGCCGGUUGAGCACUACCUUCGCUCUUUCUCGUGGAACAAGGUCAAGUAUCGGGCAGACAAGCCCAUUGCGGAAUUGAUAGAUGCGCUGCAAAAGGAGCUUGUUGGGAUAGACAACGAUGUGAAGGCCAAGUUCAACCAGUACAACCAGGUCAAGACGAAUCUUGCAGCAUCGCAAAGGAGACAGACUGGAAACCUUGCAACCAAGUCUCUCGCAGCCAUUGUACCUGCCUCCGCCCUCAUUCAAGAUUCCGAGUAUCUCGAGACGCACCUUAUCGCUGUGCCCCACCAGUUGAAGAAGGAGUAUCUGAAGAGCUAUGAGACUCUUUCCCCGAUGGUGGUACCCCGCUCCUCCACAGAAAUCGCAUCUGAUGAUGAAUUUACUCUCUUUGCCGUCACUACCUUCAAGAAGCACUCAGCCGACUUCAUCCACAAGUGCCGCGAAAAGCGGUGGACCCCGCGGGACUACAAGUAUAAGGAGGGCGGAAAGGAAGAGGAAGCGCGUGAAGUGGAUAAACUUGAGAAGGAUGAGCGCAAGAUUUGGGGCGAGGCGCUGCGUAUGGGCCGCACGGGAUACAGCGAGAGUGCUAUGAUCUGGAUACAUGUGCUCGCAUUGAGGGUGUUUGUCGAGACUGUCCUGCGGUAUGGUUUGCCACUGGAGUUUGUGUGUGGCUUGGUGCAGACCACUCCGAAGCUCGCAAAAAAGGCAAAGGACAACCUAGACGCCAUCUACUCUUACCUGGGCGGCAACGCUUUCGGCAGAGACAGCAAAGGCCGGGUCAAGAAGGAUGACUCGGCGGUUCACACGGAGAUGCAAGCCGCUGGCCACUCAGCUGAUGCAGCGGCAGAGUACACGGCUUAUGUUUACUACGAGUUUGAGAUCCUAUGAGGCUAUGGCGUCGCUGCUCCCCUGUACGAUUCUAAAGACGCCUUCGACAUAAAGAUAUCUUCCCGUG